AUGAAUAUAUGCUUGCAUUCCUCUGCAUGCAGGUGAUGAACUGUAAUGGCAGUCCCAGCUCAUCGCCUGCUUAUUGUGUUUUUUUUUUUUUACUUUGGCGAUUUCAGACAAUAAUUAAGAUGCGUGUCGAAGUCACAUGAUUAAAGGCAGAUUAAUGCAAAUGGGAGUGGGGAAGCGGAAGCAGGGAAGGAGAGAGAGGAAAGCAGCGGGACCUUAAAGAUGGGCGAGGAGGAGGAGGUGCGACAUGGGCGAAGAGCAUGAAGGAAGUGCAUGAGCCACGCUCCUCAUCAUUAUUGCCAUUAUUGUCUUCAUCAUCCAUCCCUCAAUUAAAUGCACCAAAGUCACAAAUUCACCAUCACUUGUUGCAGCUUUCGAUCAAUAGCGCCCAUUCUCAUCCCCACUAACCAGGACAGCAAAAAGGAGGAAGAAGAAGAGGAAGAGGAGGAUUUUAAAGACUUCGGGCCUUGUGUACGUACGACUGCGUUGUGUUGCUCAGUCAUGGCGCCGGAGUGGGAGAUGGCAAUGGCGGUAGAUGCAGGGGCGGGAAUGGCGGCUUAUUAUUCAACCAGCUCACGCUCUGCUCCACCGACGAAUACUGCACCCGUUUACGGCGCCUUUGUUCCGCCUGCCGCCGCCGACGUGACUUACUUUUCCAGCAAGAAAUCGUUCUCCUCUGCUGCUUCGGGCACCAAAUUGUACUCCGAAACUCCGACGGAUCCACCGACGUCCGUCGUCGCCGGAAGCAGCUCCUUCUACUCUGUUUUGCAAUCGCAGCAGCAGAGCUCGCUCGACCUUUAUGUGCCACAAUGCGAGGACGCAGCGGAGCUAGAGUGGCUGUCCCAGUUCAUGGAGGACUCCUUCUCCGACGCGCUCACUGAUUCCGGUUGGAGCUCAAUCUCGCCGCCCGCCGCCUGCGUUGCGCAAGUCCAUGCGGAUCCUCCGGCCGCCACUCGCGGAGCUCGAAGCAAGCGGCCAAAGGUCACCGCCUGGCAGCCACAACCGCUGAACUCACCGUCCUCCUCCACCUCUUCAUCCUAUGAACUUUCUCCGUCCGAGCCGAGUUCCUCCACCGGAGCCUGGAGAAACGGGAGGGGGAAGAAGGGCGGAGCGGCCGAGGACGGCCCGGCGCGCCGGUGCACGCACUGCGCGUCGGAGAAGACGCCGCAGUGGCGGACUGGGCCGCUGGGUCCGAAGACUCUGUGCAACGCGUGCGGGGUGAGGUACAAAUCCGGGAGACUCGUGCAGGAGUACCGCCCGGCGGCGAGCCCCACCUUCGUUCUCACACAGCACUCCAACUCCCACCGUAAGGUCAUGGAGCUCCGCCGCCAGAAGGAGCUCCUCCACCGCCAGCAGAGCGACCCUUCCUCCGGCGCGCUGUCGGAGCUUCUAUAAAGUGAUGACUAUGGUGUCUGCUGAGCUGCCGGCGCCGGCGGCGAUACCUCCCUUUCUUAUCUAGUAAAUUAUGCUCUUAAAACUCUUCUGUCAUCUUCAAUAAGAAAGUAAGAACUUUCUCCUAUUUUCUCUCUUUGGUGUCAAAAUUCCCAUUCAGGCUUAAUCCAUAAUAGAUCAUGCAAAAAUUAAAAUCG